AUGGUUAUACCGCUACUGCCAGAAAAUGUUUGGGGUUCUUUGAAUGCAGUACUAUUUACAAUAGUCGUAUCACUGUCGUUGAUAUCUCAUGCAAGAGCAUCGUAUUUUGAUCCCGGAUUGGUUCCGUUAAUGGAUAAAACCGUUGAUUUUUCUGAUUUAUCAGCAAAAACUGAAAAUACUCAACAAUCAAUGAAUGAAGGAUGGACGUUAUGUAAUCGAUGUGAAAUUUAUCGUCCGCCUCGCAGUCAUCAUUGUCGAAUAUGCAAAAGAUGUGUGAGACGGCUUGAUCAUCAUUGUCCGUGUAUCCAUUCAAUUAUUGUUAUGAUUGAAUCUAUUUUAUUUGGAAUAUUUGUUGUUAGUGUGCUCAUUGAUCAAUUACAAGCAAUUUUAAAUGAUCGUUCAUUAAUUGAUUCUUUAAAAUCGAAUGAGAACUCUAAAAUACAACCUGUACCACCUUCAUGUGUUUUGCUUCGAAAAACAUUUGGAAGGGGUCCACCGGUGCUCUGGUUUUUUCCCUGUGAUUUAAAAAAGAUAUCUCAUACAACGGAAUCUGUUGAUAUGUAUCACGUCUAA